AUGGAUUCCCCUCGGGACAGGACCCGGAUGGAACUUGAAAACCCCCGUCUCUCCCCUUCCCCGGAGCUAGAGGAGCUCUUCCACCAGGUCUUCGACUGGCAAGCCUACUCCGGGGACGCUAAGCCUUCUGAUCCCUCCUCUUCCCAUCACCAUCAUCGCCAGCAGUCCCUGAGCAGGAUCAUCACCGACAUCCCCUCCUUCAUUAGAGACCUUACUCUGGAGUCUGAAAGGGAUUUCUUCGACAUGCCUUCGUACUCGUCUGACGAUGGACUCACGUCGGACUACUCGGCCGGCCAGACCCCCCCGGAGCUGGUCCAGGGCGGCAGCUCGUCGCCUUCGGACCACUCGGGGGCGUCGCCCUUCCUGGAGCCCCUAGACGAUGGUCACUACCACCCGGAGGCGUCCCUCAGGGAGGUCCAGGCCCAGGACGAUGAGUGGACGUACCCGCAGACCGACCCGUCCAAGGGUAUGGUCCAAGGCUACCCUCACCACUUGCAAGUCCAACUGGACGAUCGCCUCAGAAGGGCCGCCGACCAGUCGUCCAAGCUCAAGCGUCGACGAUCUGGCAAUGACCUGGAGAAGAGGCAACGGCAGUUGGUAGACCCCAGCCAGACGGCAGACGUCCGCAAGAGUGGAGCCUGCCUGCCAUGCCGUGUGUCUAAGACCCGAUGCCAUGAUAGUGGAGUCUGCCCAACGUGCAGGAAGGCCUUCCCGGACCAUUCUCACCUGGCAUGCACUCGCGCCACACCAUCCACGUUUUGGCCCGUAAUGGGCAAGAUCCCCGAUGUCUGGUCCACCAAUCCCAAGGAGGAAGAGCAGCUUUGCUCCGGCCCGCGGUUCUACACGGGAAAGCCCCGUGAGAUCUCCGUCUUUUUCACCCCGGACACCAGCCUGCCGGCUCUGCGCGCCACGGUACAGGCGUACAGGUCGCAGGGGGGCUCUGAGGAGACGGGCAGCCUGACAAAGGCCGAUUUUCCUCGAGACUGCGUUCCGAGCCACCAGCUUCUGCAGCGAUGGGUCGAGAACCAGAUCCGAGCAGAGCAAAAGCCCGACUUUCAUCAUUCAGUCCAAAACUUUGUGCUCUCAUACUCGGAAGAGGGCUGGGGACUUCCCAAGCAUGACCUCGUCAAUAAAGUCCACAGAAUGAAUUGCUUCUUCCGCAUUUGGAAAGCAAGGUCAUUCUGGUGCCUGGACCCGACCAACAAGCUCACCACUCUGCCCCUGUCCGUCCAGGCUCAGCUGAGGAACAUUGCCCGCCGAGCCAUCUACUCACUUGAGCAUGACAUCCUCAAGGAGAUGGACGAGUGCAUUGCGCAGCAGGGCCCGCCAAAGGCUCAAGAGAGGAUCGCCAUCUGGGCGAGCAUGUGGCAGCUCAUUCUCAUGUACCGAGAGCUCAUGCAGGAAGAAGACGGGGUUUUCGAACGAGUGCUGACAAGCUUGACAGUUGCCUUGCAGGGACAACUCUACAAGCGUCUCGCGGACAGCUUCUUCCCGCUCUUGGUGGUGUUUUACCACUACCAAUUCCGAACAAAGAAAAGCCUGGAGCUGUCGCUAGACUGGCUCAAGGCGCCCACCUACCCUCCCGCGCUAUGCCACAACAGGGCCAUUCGCGAGUAUGCCCAGCAACUUCUCGACUGCCGCAAAGACCACUACCAGAAACUGCAAUCUUCAAAGAGCGAGAUUGACCAGCUGCUGUGCGUCUUUGUGGUGAACCAUGAGCUGAAGAAGAUGAACGCCAGGAAGCGCCCGUCCAAGGCCAAGUCGUCAAAGCACGCGAUCGAGGAUGAUUGCGAUGAUGACGCCGAGUGA